AUGGCGAGAAUUCGCACAUCACCUAUUUUGAUGGAACAUGGCGGUUAUAGCAAAUGGGGUUACGCCUUCAAAUCGUUCACUUUAACUUCAAAGAGAAGUUUGAAAUUGACAGCCAAGUUUGAAAUUAGGGAUAAAGUUAGGGAUGUUACAGGUUCAAUCACUCUUGCAAACUUUUUUCAUGGCUUAAUUUGCCUAUAUGUACCAUCUUUAAUCAUUGUUAGAACAGAUGAAUGGAAAGGUGAGAAGCUUAUUAUUUUUAACCCAACGACUCGAGAGGCAGUGGGUGUGCCGCUAAUAGGAUCCUACCGUGUAGAACAUCCUAAAAAAUGUAGACAUUGUGUAUUUUGUGGUAUUGGGUUUGAUUCUACAACAAAUGACUACAAAAUCAUUUUAGUUACGACGGAUGUUUCCGUGAAUUGGACGUGGCUAGAUGUUUAUGUUUAUUCUGUACGCAAUGGUCAGUGGCAUAGACUGCACGACAUAGGCCCUCUUGAGUCUCUUGAAAAAUUAGUUCGCUCAUCAAUUCUAGCCUUUUCUAAUGCCAAAGGUAGAAUACUCAAUUUCAUUGCAAGAUUAUGCAUCAAAGGAAGAAAGGAAUGGUACUUAUUGUCAUUCGACGUGGUAGAUGAGGUUUUUAGGGUCAUCCCCAUGCCAGAAAAACAACAACAACAAGAAUACUAUCAUAUCUCUUAG